AUGUCCUCCACGUCCGAAAACCCCUUUGAAAGCACCCUUCGUACCUCUUCGCCUGAGCCGAUUUUGACUGAGGAACAGGAAUUACAAAAUAUCACCUCAAAGGGGAAGGGUAAAGAGGGUCGUGUAUUCGACCGUUUGCCCACUCCAGCACCGUUAGGCCUUCCUCCCCCAACGAUAGGUGUGGUAACUCGGCCUCCGGAAAACACGCAACAAAUGUCUCAAGACAAAUCUCGAGUCGAUAACGAUGAGAAUGAAGAUGACGUAAAUCCACCGUUCAAUGGGCGGUGGUGGACCGAUUGGUUGUGUGGUUGCAGGGAAGGAGCGGACCGGGGUGGCGAUCAUCAGGCUGGCAGUACGAACCCGAUGGAGUAG